AUGGCGUACAGUCCACUCGAUACGACCCAGAACCAGAUUCGGCUCCUACAUCUCGCCCCUGCAGAUCAAGAGGAGGAUGAGAUCAAGUGCAGCUUCAGCCUUGCCUCGCUUGACGAAGAUGUCGACUACGAAGCCCUCUCAUAUGCCUGGGGCGACAACAAUAAAACUAUCUCAAUCAAGAUUGAGGCAACGAGACGCUAUCGAAAAAGUCGUGCUAGGAUGAAACGCGGGAAACGGGCCAGGGAGCCCACAAGUACACGAGUUCUUCGACCGCGCCUUGAAAGCUCGGUUCUGGUCACUGAAAAUCUCCAUUUGGCACUCAAGCACCUGCGCCUCAAAGACCGAGAGCGAACCCUCUGGAUCGAUGCGCUUUGUAUCAACCAAUCUGACACACGCGAGCGAACCCACCAAGUCACUCGCAUGAGUUCCAUCUACAAGCAGGCUUCCUCGGUUGUCGUUUGGCUAGGCGAAGCUUGGAAUGGUAGCGAACUCGCGAUGGAGUGCUUACAGCGAUUUGGAAAAGACAGUAACCUCCACCAUGACCAAUCACUGAGCCCAGGUCUCACCGUGAACGGUAUGGGUUUGGAGUACUACGAGCUGCGUGGACACCUCAUCCAGUUCUUCGAUUUGCCUUGGUGGGGGCGGCUAUGGACAGUUCAGGAGUAUGCUCUUGCGCAGCGCGUAGUGUUCCAGUGUGGCAAGCGCUUGCUGUCCGGUGAGCUACUGAGAGAGAGCCGUCGAAGUUUUUAUAACCAUUCGGCCAGCUGCUGCGGGCGACCAUAUCUACAAAUAGAGCAUGGGGAAACAGGUCUGUCCCUAGCCGAUUGUUUCGUCCGACUGUCUUUUUUGGAAUUUAUCCAAACCUUCAGGGAGACAUACAGCUUCCUCACCAUAGUCGCACUCUUCAGUAUCCGACAGGUAACUGAUUCGCGCGAUAAGAUAUAUGGCAUGUUAGGCUUGGCAACCGGUCGCUACGCCCGGCUCAUCGAGCCGGACUAUACGCGUUCACCUGAACAAGUCUUCGAGGCUGCUGCGCUCGCAUCCUUUGACCGAACUGGGAAACUAGAGUUUCUCAGCCAUCUGUUUGGCCAACGACAGCUGAAGUUGCCUUCGUUCGUGCCAGAUUGGACGGCUUCUAUAUCCAGUCAUGGACAUCACUCCAGUCACCAGGACUGGUUGACUUGCAUCAGUCACUAUAAAGCAUCUGGCGGCAGAUCAGCCGAGUUCAACCUUAUAGCCGCAGGAAAAGCGGUAACUAGAGGCAUAAUAUUCGAUACGAUUGCGACUACCGGACCUUCCAAUGACUCCCGCCCGUUCGAGAAGGUUGUGAAUGAGAUGCGUGACCUUCCGGAUGCCGACCGUUGUUCUACAGGCUCUUACAACCAUACAAGCGAGACAAGGGAGACGGCAUUCCGGCGCACGAUGUGCGGAAGUAUGGACAUUGUAACCAAAGACUCUCGGGCGUGUUUCCGUCGCCUCAGAGGAUUAACAGAUUUCUCCAAAUUUAAAAAAUGGCAGGUCUGGUACGACACAACCUUCACUCUCAAGAGCACCCUUUAUGAUAAAGAUGUCAGUAUAAGCAAUCAGCUGUUCUUCGCUGUAACCGUCGGCCGAAGAUUCAUCACGACUGAGAAAGACUACAUUGGAUUUGCUCCCAAGGAAUGCGAGAAGGGAGACCUUGUCGCCGUCCUGCCCGGCGGCUCUGUGCCAUACAUCCUACGUCCGGAACCUGUCGCGGACGCUCUAUGGGAACAGGGACAUGGAUCGAGCUCAUGCUACACCAUUCUUGGAGACUCGUAUAUUCAUGGCAUUAUGGAUGGAGAAGCCUUCGACAUGCUCGAUGAAUCUGAGGGGGAGUUGCAAGAAAUAGUGCUAGUAUAG